CUUCAUUUCAGAAACUGAAGUGCCGAAGAAUUGGCAACUAUCGGUUACUAUUAUUUUGGGCCUCGACGAUCAAGCCAAUCGCAUCCUUCGCGCAGAAAAAUAUUAAGUAUUUUGCGCGCUCUUGGCCGUCGGAUUGACGAUGGAACUUUGAGAGCCGGGCGUCCUGAUGAGUGAUGACGGAGUGGAGACGCACGUCCGUUCGGACCUGACGCCGCCUUCAUCUGUUCCAUUCCUCCUCGCCCUUGCCGUUGCCGAGCUCCCUCCGUCUUCCCCGAGCUCUCCUCCAUCCUCCCCUUGCCGACAUCAAUCCGCGACCUCCACGGCUUUCCGACCUCCAUCCCAAGCCCUUAUCGCCGUGCUUCGCUCCGAUCUCUGAGAAGCUCCGCUCCGCUCCUCUCCGUCUAUCGAUCCCCACCUCCGGCCAGCCCCCCCCCCUCCCGGAGCUCUCCUCCAUCCUCUCCGUGAGAGGAGGUCGGGGCUGGCGACUAGUCGUCCGGUUGCUAUUAGAGGUCCAACAUUUUGGACGUGCUUCCAACUGGUUCAGAUAGCUAGUGGAAACUCCGUGAUGAACUGCAUUUCGUAUGUAUCUUCUGCAGCUCUAUUUUCACAUGGGAGUCGUGUCAUCAUGAGAAGUUCUUUAUAUGGCUUUUCUAGUACAUCAUGGAAAAGCAGCAUACGGCAUGCUGGCAUUAAAGUACUUAAAUUAGAUUUCAUCUUGAUGGGAUUUCGUGUUCAGUGCUUCUCUGCUCGGCAUUCAAAGAGACUGCGAUUGCCAGAGGUGAAGCCGCAACCAUCAAUGGAGGAAGAAAGUAAUGCAUUCUACGUUGUUCGGAAAGGGGAUAUCAUUGGUCUCUACAAUAGUUUAAGUGAUUGUCAAGCUCAAGUUAGCUUAUUGGUAUCUGAUCCCUCUGUCAGUGUGUACAAAGGUUACUCUCUCCAUAAAGAAACAGAGGAGUAUCUCGCUUCUCGUGGACUGAAAAAUGCUUUAUACUCCAUGAAUGCAGCUGACUUGAAAGAUGAUCUGUUUGGAACCCUAACGCCUUGUCCUUUUCGGCAACCAGAUGGACUUGCCUCUUUAGUUGAUAAAACACCCAAAAAGAUGUCCUUUCAGAAAACGUCAAAGGAUAUGCUGAAUAACUUAGAUGCAGUUAGAUCUACAUCAACUGAACAAGCAAAUAAACCUCUCGAACUAGGGCAUUCUAAGGAGGCACAACCAAUUUCAUGUAAUUAUAUGUCUUGUGUUCUUAAGUUUGAUGGUGCUUCAAAAGGAAAUCCUGGAAAAGCUGGUGCUGGAGCAGUACUUCGAACUGAAGAUGGAACUGUGGUUUCUCGGCUUCGUGAAGGUUUGGGUGAUGCGACCUGCAAUGUUGCAGAAUACCGAGCCUUGAUCUUAGGAUUGAAAUAUGCUCUUAAGAAAGGAUUUAAGCAAAUUCAUGUGCAAGGUGACUCUAAACUUAUCUGUAUGCAGGUACAAGAUCUUUGGAAAACCAAGAACCAAAAUUUGGCUGACUUGUAUAAAGAGGUAAAAGAACUGAAGGACAUGUUCCUAUCAUUCAAGAUCGGCCAUGUCAAAAGGGAGUUCAAUUCUGAUGCUGAUACUCAAGCAAAACUAGCUGCCGAUCUUCCUAUUGGCAAAGUUUGCGAAGACCCUGGUGAACUUUUUUAUGUUCCUAUUGGCAAAGUCUGUGAAGAGCCUGACGAACUUCACUAAUUCUGAUUCUCAAGGCAGCUCUCUCCAUUUUGGUGUGUUUUUUCUGGGACUAAACAUCUAAGAUGCUGAAGCCUGAGAAUCUGCAUCAUUGAUGGCACUGUCAAAGAAAGAACAGAUGCCUGCUAGCAUUCUUACCUCUAUUUAUGGGGAGUGAAUACAGGUGUAUGUACAGCUGCUUCAAUUGUUACCAUUUGUUCUUUUUCUUUAUCCUUUUCCUCCUAAUACCGUCAAAUUCUUGUGCUAAUUUCAUGGCGAAGAAGGCAAAACAAAUGCCCGGUAAGUUGGGGACUAAAAUGAAUACAGUGAUCUAGCAAAUAUACAUUAUUUACUUAUUACAGGUUCUGUAAUACCAAGUUACCACUUUGAAGCAAUAUUAUUUCUAUGUAGUUGAAAACUGCAGUUCCAAUGUUAGAGAUGUAUCCUGGUAUAAUUACAACACAUCUAUUUUUGCGAUAUUUAUGCAGCAUUUUUUGCCAA